AAUCAGCUUCUCGUUUCAAUUCAUCCACGAGACCAGGCGAUUGGCUGCCGUGCAGACCCUCAUUCCUCGUCGUAUCUCUCACGUCGACACCGUUAUAAUUUCGGUAAGUUCCAUUUUCGGUGCUUACGAGGGCCACCUCCGUGGCCAAGCGUCGAAGUCUCGUUCGACCUCGUCUGAAAGUAAGGAACCGUUAUCGCACGCUCGUCGAUAUUUCAGAUUAGCCCGUACCGGUCGUCGUCUCCGGUUUCUACGCGCCGUCGGGCGAAUCGGACGCGCUCGAAUCGCGAGUAAUCGGGAUUGGCAGACCUGCCGGUGCCCGUAGCAACACGAUUCACCUAUGGUCCCGUGGAACGCUGUCCUGUCGUCCGCGAGAUUUUGAUCGCGGGUGAGACAAGUCCCGGGGUGUCGUGCGUGCGAUCGUACGACGGUGUGAGAUUGCGCGCGGGCGGCUCUAUGUAACGCGAAAGCGUCCCGCGGUACCUGCUGCAGCUGGCCUGCCGUUGUCCGCGAAUUUGGAGCUACGGAGCGGGAGGAGGGGGGGGCGAAGGAAAGAGAGAGAGAGAGAGUGCCAAGGUAGAACGCGUCCGUCAGAAUUCGGCGAGCGUCGUGUCGUGGCGGCAGUGACAGAGGGGUAAGAAACGAGAGAGAGAGAGCGUUCCCGUGUGAGAGCGAUCGGGCAUUCCGUUGGCACAUUGCGAUUGCGGAGUGAGAGAGAGAGACUCUCGGUGCGCGGAGAGAGCGCGCGUCGUCAGAGGAAAGACAGCGCAAAAAUGCGGGUAUGUACUCGUACAUAGCGUAGGUGGUUAAAAGGAAGACGUGCGCGCGGGGCUCUAGGGAAUCUCGCGGUCCUGGCGUUGCCAGUCCGGAAAUCGACGGACGGGAGGCCCGAGGUGCUCCGGAUCGAGUUCGCGAGUCGCCGAGUGAAGUUGCGUCGAGUCGUGUCGUGUCGUGUCGGGUGACCGAGGCGGAGCGGAGUGUGAAGUAAAGAGCAGUUGAGAUCUUGAUCGCGCGGAUACACGCGGUUCAUUCGUUCGUACGUGCGUAUGUACACACGCUCAUUCGUCCGUCCGUCGUUCGUUCGUUCGUUCGCUGACUGGUUGGCGUAAUUCGUGUGUGGGUCGGCGGUGCGUAAUGGAGGUGCCGACGGUCGCGAAAUUCGUUCGCGGUACCAGAACCAGCAGCACCGGCAGCAUCGGCAAGAGCAGCAGCGGCAACAACAACAACAACAGCAGGAGCGGCAACAGCACAGCCGUGCACGAGAACGACCGCCGCCGCUGUCGCCGCCACGGUAAUGCCGUGCGCCGCGUCGUCGCGUGAGCCGCGCGAUUCCUGUCGUCGACUGUUCCACCCGGUCGGCCGCCGGGCGAGAGAGGCGGGCCGAAAUUGCUAUGGGAUCGUCCGGACCGACGACGCUCGUCAACGCUGCGACGACCGCUCUGUACCUCCCGCUGCCGUGACGAUCACCACCGGUCGCGCCGGCCGAAGAAGGAGGAGCACAAGCAGCAUCGAUACGCUUCCUCGACGCGCCGCGACGCACCGCACCCUUCCACGGCGUCCUGCGUAUCUAUCGUUCCUAAGGUGUAAACAUUUGGAGACAGAGUGAAGGCGGAGGAGAAAGAAAGAGGUAGUUUUAGUGAGCAAGAAAGAGAUACAGAGAGAGAGGGAGGGAGAGAGAGAGAAGAGCGCGUGAGCGAGAAAUAAAUCGGCGAUAAAGCGAGAGGUUAGGCUUGGCACGGGGAUUGAUCCCCGAGAGAUGGCAUCGCCCGUCGAACUCUGACAGUCAGCCAGCCAGCCAGCUCCCCUCGGCAUAUCCCCUGUUCCCCGCGCUCUUCCGCGCCCUACGCGAGUGUACACCGCGCCCGCGCGUGCCCUUUUCCACUCGCGGAAAUUACGGCGAGUGUCGCGUCGUGUUCCACCGUGUCGUAUACCCGUCCCGCUGUCCGGAGCACGAGGUAUGCCCUGCACAGGGAUCGAUGCUCGUCGCUGAUAUCGGAUUGACGUCGUCGCCGUCGUCUAAUCGCGUGGCCGACGUCGACGCGAGCGUGUAGUGAGCAUUCGUGUGACCGCGCGCCGCGUCAGUUGGAUCGUAUCGAUCUCGCAAUCGUGGAUAACAACGGCCGGUACGAGAUGCAGAAGCCAGGGCACGUGAGGGACCGUGAGAGCCGCGACAAGGAGCAGCUCGGGGCGCGCAAUGACCAGGAGGUCACCAAGAGGCCGUCCAAGGGCAGCGGCAACGCCGGCCGACCGAACGUGCACUCGUCCCGGCACAGCGUCACCUCGUCGUCCGGCGUGCUCAUGGUCGGCCCGAACUUCCGGGUCGGCAAGAAAAUCGGCUGUGGCAACUUCGGCGAGCUCCGACUCGGGAAGAACCUGUAUAAUAAUGAGCACGUAGCAAUUAAAAUGGAACCAAUGAAGUCAAAGGCACCACAGCUACAUUUAGAGUAUAGGUUUUACAAAUUAUUAGGUUCACAUGUUUGUAACACAAAUCUAGAGGGUAUACCGGAGGUGUACUACUUCGGCCCGUGCGGGAAGUACAACGCCCUGGUGAUGGAACUCCUCGGGCCGAGCCUCGAAGACCUCUUCGACAUUUGCGGCAGGAGGUUCACCCUCAAGACCGUUCUCAACAUUGCCACACAGCUCCUCCAUAGGAUAGAAUACGUUCAUAGUCGGCAUUUGAUAUACCGCGACAUCAAACCGGAAAAUUUUCUGAUAGGACGAUCCACUACCAAGCGGGAAAAGAUCAUUCACAUAAUCGAUUUUGGACUAGCCAAAGAAUACAUAGACUUGGAGACAAACAAACAUAUUCCUUAUCGGGAACACAAGAGUCUCACUGGUACGGCGCGUUACAUGAGCAUCAACACGCAUCUUGGCAAAGAGCAGAGCAGAAGGGACGACCUGGAGGCGCUCGGGCACAUGUUCAUGUACUUCCUGCGCGGUAGCUUGCCGUGGCAAGGGCUCAAGGCCGACACGUUGAAGGAGCGCUACCAGAAGAUCGGCGACACGAAACGAGCGACGCCGAUCGAGGUGCUCUGCGACGGCCAUCCCGAAGAGAUGGCCACGUAUCUCCGUUACGUCCGUAGACUGGACUUCUUCGAGACGCCGGACUACGAAUACUUGAGGAAGCUCUUCCAUGACCUGUACGAGAGACGCGGUUUCGUCAACGACGGCGAGUUCGAUUGGACCGGCAAGCCGAUGUCCACGCCCGUCGGGUCUCUUCAAACCGGCCAGGAGAUCGUCGUGUCGCCCAAUCGUGACCGGCAUCCCGCCGCUUACAAGGACGUGGCAGGUGGAGGGGUGGGAGGUGGGGGCGGUAAAGGGGUGGGAGCCACGUGGCCAGAUACUGUGAAGCAGUCAGGAGCCGGUGGUACAUUGACACCUGCUGACAGGCACGGCUCUGUACAGGUGGUAUCGUCCACGAACGGGGAACUGGCUAACGACGAUCCGACUGCUGGCCACUCCAACACACCAAUCACGGCGCCUCAGGAAGUGGACAUGAUCGACGAAACCAAUGUUUGCUUCAUUUCCAGAUGCUGUUGCUUCUUCAAGCGCAAGAAGAAGAAAAGUGGAAGGCAGAAAUGACUGUCCGUUAUCGUUGGUCUCGGGGGGGCGGUGCAGUGCGCGGUUAAUAGUGCCGAUCAGCCCGGGGCGGCGGCCGGAGCGCGCGGCGGACUCACCGCCGUGGCGACGUCGAGGACGGGCGGCAGGCGCGUCGCCGGCGGAGGAUUGGGCGACGGCAACAGGGACUCCAGCAGCGCCGAUCCUGAGAGGGAAGCCGUCACCCUGUUGCGCGUCGGCAGCCGCUCGGCGUCCCGGGACUCGGUGCUGCACACCACCGUCACGAUGACGCCGACACCGACGCCGCCGCCGCUGUCCAACUGAGCCAGCGCACCACCACCACCAUCGUCGGAAACAUCCUAACCCGUCUGUCGUUGCUGUUAUCAUUUGUGACCCGGUGGACGGUCGUCGCGGACUGUCGAGGAUCGAGAGUGAAAGCGCUUUUCUCACCGGCCGAGCUUUUCGGCAGAGAUAAGCGGACUCGAGGACGACGACGACAAGGGGGAUUGUUCGCCUUCCUCCACCAGUCGCUCAUGGUCGUCGCGGCCGAUGAUGACUUCUCGGUGUAGUGCGUCGGAGUUCCGUGGUACUUUGUUUAUCACUGCAGUUAGAAUCGUUCUAGGUACUGUUCUGUGUAUAACGAAAGCGUGUCGCGCGCGACUGAUCGGCUCGAGUUCAUCGGCGUUUACUUAAGACUCUAGACUCGCUGCUCGAAUGCUUGAUUACCGAACCUUCAUUAAAACUCACACGAGAGCUGCCGGAGACUUUCCUUCGUUUCUCUCACCCUGGUUUUUUUCUUCUUUUUACACGUCGUUCGCUGUAUACACGGAGUGUCGUUUGAACAGAUGAGACACAGGGUCGGUGGAGCGAUGCACUUUGCGACUGAUGCGGAGAGUUUGCUUUUCCCGCACGGGGGAAAUUGAUUAAUCGCUGGUGUCUCUCGAGUGACGAGCGCGUGGCGGAGUUUGUUGCAAUUUUAACGGGUCAAAUUGGACGUAGCGUGGUGCUGGUUCCGAGCGAUCCCCGCGGCGGCUCUCCGCUGCGAUCACGCAGGUUUUAGCCGAGCGUUCGUUCGCUGAUACGCGACCUCUCGUCCUUUAAACCGUUGAAUCGUGCGAAUUCAACGGUAAUAAGAUUUCUAUUGAAAUUUCCACUAGGAUUAAAUCCACGAUUGAUUCGGUAAAUGCAUCCUCGGCCAUCGACAGCCAUCUUUUCAGAUAUCAGCUCCUGUGAUCGGACCCGGUACAUACUUCCUUCCAGCUGUCCUGCCCUAUCGUCGUGAACAAGUCGACGAAUAUUCCUCGUGGCCUCGAGCCACUGAUAUAGGAGUCGAGGCGUUUGGCGAAUCCACCACUCACCUACUUACCGAACGAUCCCUCUCGUUUAUGGCCGAGAAAGGCUGAUCUCGUGCUAUUAUAAUUGCUAUUAUUGUCAUGAUUACAUUUCAUCUUGUUGCUGCCCUUACGGAUUACUACUACUACUACUGCUAUUAUUACUACUACUAUUACUACAACUAUUACUACUCUACUAGUGCUACGAUUACUAUUAUUACAAUAUAUCUUUCAUUAUUAUUAUUUUAUUUUAUUUUUCAUCAUUAUUAUAUAUUACGCUCUAUUAUUAUUAUUAAUAUUAUUAUUAUUACAUUGAUCCUUCGCAAUCAUCAUCAUGAUCGUUGUUCACGAUCACCGUUCCGACUUUCAUUAUCAUCAUCAUCCUCAUCAUCACUGUCCUCCUCAUCGUCCAUUAACACGUUGACUGCCACGUAAUGGAGGGAAAGAGAGGGGGUCACUCGUGAGCGGCGCGAUAAUAUUGAUCACAUUUCAUUAAUUUCUAAACCAAUUGCAUAUAUAACAAAUGAAGUAUGUAACGAGGACAACAUGGAGCUGAUGAAACGAGCUAACGAACAUAUAUGAACACAUUUCGCGGAUUACUACACAUUUAUUUACCGUGUGUGUUUACCUUUUGGUGAAUCGGACUUCAGUUGAGCGUUGAAAUAAUCCGUGAAAAUCAGCGUGGCGGUCAGCGUGUUGAUUGCGUAUCGACGUAUGUCAUCGCACCGACGCAUGUCGCCGUUGACUCAGAAAGAGAACGGCCGUCGACGGCGGCCGUGACGACGGUUCGUCACUGGUAAAAGCCCGGAUCAUCAUCCCGCAUUACACAGUAGGAGUAAGGAAUUGACGUACCGAUGAUGCUGAGAGAACUUGUUUGUGCCUACGACUCUCUCCUUGUACCACAGGGACGCUUUUUAAUAUACGCCGCGUAUAUUGCGAUAUAGUUUGUAUACGCGUCGCGAUUCUCACGUGUUGCGGCUCGUUGCGGCGAAAACACACCGCGUUAUCGUAUACUUGAAUUGUAAACGAAUCGAAGCUACACAGAUCUCAUUGUAUUCACACGCCCCCCCGCAGGACGAUAAUCGAGCAUAGUGUGAUCCCUUCCUCCCCGCCCGACUUGUAUCGAUCGAGAGAUUUCGAUUGUCGCGAAGUCCCGGUUAUACAGUGAUCCGUGAAAGGCAUGAAACUGAAACGACGAUCGCGCUCUCUCCGCCGUUCGGCACCUCGGGAUGGGAUCGAGAGUACGGAAUUUGUACAUACGAUAAGUAUUCUUCUACCUUUCUCCCCAUUCUCAUUUCCCUUUCGCCGGGUUCGCGAGUAGAAGAAUCGUCUCACGAAUCGCGAGGGUGUAUACUGUUUACAAAGCGAAUACUCCCUAAUUUCGUUAGCUUGUAUUUAUUUUCUUUUUCGAGUUCUUUCAUUUUUUUUUUUUUUUUCAUCCAAGAGAGACACAUGAGAUGACGAUUCUGAUGUAUUAGAGUAUGUUUCUAGUAUGCGAGCAUUUUGUACAGCGAACAAACGAUUUCGCGACGUUAAUUCCGCGUGGUGCAUGGUCGUAGUCCCAAGAGAGAGGACGAAAAGAAGAGAGCAGAGCAGUAUUAGCGGUUACAUCACUAUAUAAGCGUCUUUCGUCGAGAGAGACGAGAUACCGUGGAGUUGUGUCCUUGUCUUUAGCAGUCCGCGGCGUUCGAAUUAAUUGUCGAAGUGCUUUCUUUCGCGUUUCUUACACUGCCCGUCGUUUUUCUACACAGAGUUCUACUCUCAUGAACGUACCGAUAAUUUCGUCACCGUCGCGCCGGGCUGACCGCCGUGAUAUACUCAUUCCUCCGACUGAAGAGCGCGAGAUAUCUUCUCGUACGUAAAUAACAUCAUCUUCGACGCGAGAUUUGCGCGAGAUCGUUGUUACUUUUUCAGCGGAUUCCAUCUGCCACUCGCUCCUCCGUCUCGCAUCUUUCAAAUUUCCAGACGCUAAUCGCGCCAGCGAAAUGUGCCCCCCCCCCCCUCCUGCACUUUCCAAAGCAAUAUCAGUUUCGGUUUCAUGCCUUCCGAGACGAGAAAUUAUCAUAUGUGAGAGUGAUCUAUCGUGAGGACAAUUGAAAAUAAUUACAUUUUACAUAACA